CAAAACUGUUGCGGCUUAAUGGCAAUUUGAAUAGAAAGGCACGUUGAGCUCCGGAUCUGGUCAUCUGAAGUCCACUGUAAGACCAAAAGAUCAAUUUUAUUUCUCAGUGAGGAAACAAAGUAAGUGAGACUGGAGCCUCCAAAUCCGAACAACCCUCCCAUAGAACUUCUGGGGUCUUGGGAAGUUCACUUGGAUGAAAGCACAGAACGGAAAUACUACUUUAACGCAAGCACAAAAGAGAAGACUUGGAAACCACCUAGGCUCUUUCUGGGAAUGCAGACCAUGAAGGAUGGAUCCACAGCUCAGUCGAAAACAAGUUUCCAGACAACCACCACCCCUGAACAGCUUCCCUCAACCCACUUCAGCCCUAGUGCUGUUCAGAGGAGGGCGAAGAGUGCAGCUGCUAACUGUGACCGCCUGAGCCAAACAAAGUCCAUGGUUCUGACUGACUCCAACCCAAUUAAGUUACCGAUAUCUCGCCACAGGCGAAAUCAUUCACAGCACAACCUUUCAGACAUUACUGGAAUGGUGGAUCAGUCUCCACUGAAGAAAAAUGGCUAUUUGAACAAAGCAAAGAUCACAGAGGGAGGUAAAAAACUGAGGAAAAACUGGACCAGUUCUUGGGUUUGCCUUGAGGGAGACAAAAUUGACUUCUACAAAGAUAGCAAACAACAAAUUUUAGCCAAUUCGAAGAUGGGCUGUAAGCCGGAAAAUGCGGACCUGUGUGGUGCUCAGAUUGAAUGGGCAAAAGACAAAUCCAGCAGAAAGAAUGUGCUUCAGCUAACAACAAUCUCGGGGAAUGAAUUUCUCCUCCAUUCUGAUGAUGACAGCAUACAUGACUGGUACCAGGCCAUCAGAUAUACAAUUGAUAAACUGUCAAAGAAGGGCAUCUCAACAACGGCACAUGAUAUCUGGAAAAGUUCAAGCAGUGAAGAACUGAACAGGUGUGGGGGAGAGAGCAACAGCAAGCCUAAUGUGAAAGAAUCAAAAUCAGAGUGCAGAAAAUCAUCACUAAUACUACGACUGAACCACAGCCCAUCUGACACCUCUGAGAAGAAGAGAGUUAAGAGCAGACUAAAAAAAUUUAUAUCAAGGCGACCUUCAUUGAAAACUUUACAAGAGAAAGGUUUGAUUAAAGAUCGUGUAUUUGGCUGCCACCUUGCUGUCCUCUGCAAGCGUGAGGGAACCACUGUUCCAAAAUUCGUGAAACUUUGCAUUGAGACUGUGGAAAAAAGAGGAUUGGAUGCAGAUGGCAUUUACAGAGUGAGCGGCAAUCUGGCUACAAUACAGAAAUUACGAUUUGUCGUGGACCAUGAAGAGAAGCUGAAUUUGGAUGACAGCCAGUGGGAGGACAUCCACGUCGUCACCGGAGCACUAAAGAUGUUUUUCAGAGAGCUGCCUGAGCCACUUUUUCCAUUCGGCUUUUUUGAUCAAUUUGUAGACGCCAUAAAAAAUCAGGAUUACAGCCAACGUGUUCAGUGUGUUGCAAGACUGGUGAAGAAACUUCCUAAACCGAACCAUGAUACCUUGAGAGUUCUCGUUACGCAUUUACAAAAGAUAAUAGCAAAGGCACUGGUGAAUUUGAUGUCAUCGCAGAGUUUAGGCAUUGUAUUUGGACCAACUCUCAUGUGGUCUGAGAGGGAAACUGCAAAUAUGGCCGUGAACAUGAUGUAUCAGAAUCAGAUUAUCGAUCUGAUACUUUCCGAACACGCUGAAAUCUUCAAACCCUAGGAGGUGUGAGCACAACUUGCCUUCAGUGGUUAAUAUUAUUCUCAGAAGAUCUGACGUUUAGUUAAGUUGUGAAUCUGCUGCUUGCAGAAGGUCAUCACCAUUGCCCUUGCUUUUUUGUUGUUUAUCCCCUCACCAUUUCAUUUACUAGAAUCCAUAUAGACUAAGUUUGCCUGGUACUGGUCUAUUAUUAUUCUUUGUUUAUAAAUCACUGAUUGACAGGCUCAGUUUUAAACUUUUAAGUACAAUCUACUUGGACAAAAGAGCCACCACUCUCUGAAAUAUUAAAUAGUCUGCUAAUAUUGAUCAAAGUGAUUGUAGUCAGACUCAGAGCUCCACAGUUAUUUGUACAAACAAUGACUAAAGACAAAAAAAAAUCAAAUACUUCGAAUUAAUAAUCUCUCUAGUAAAUCAAAAGGCAUGAUUUUAAAGUCAUAUUUUUAAAGGAAUGGUCUGGAGAAUAUCUCAGAUCACUUCAAACAUUUCAGAAGAGAAGUUAAGGAGCAUCUCUUCAUAUACAUAGUGUGAAAGACUAUCCCACAGAUGGAUAGCACAGGCUUAAUUAGGCAUGAUGCAGUAUAUUGUACCUUGUGAGGAAUAUAAUAGCAUAUGGAUUUCAGGAUCAGGUUUUUAAUCACUGACAUACUGUACGUCAUGAAAUUUAUUAUUUUGUGGCAGAAGUAAAAUACAUGAAAAUGACCAUAAAUUGCAAUUUGAAUAUUUAAAAAAACCAGAUAAAUAUUGCAAAAAGAAAGCAAGAUGUUGAGGUAGUGUUUUUGGGUUCAUGGACCAUUCAAAAAUGAUGGCAGAGGGCAAGAAGCUCUUCUAAAAUGCAAUGUUUGUGUCUUCAGACUGCUAUACCUCCUCAUUGAUGGUAGCAAUAAGAAGAAGGGAUGUCCUGGAUGGUGAGAGUUCUUCAUGAUAGAUACCACCUUAUGAGGCAUCGACUUUUGACAAUGUCCUCCAUGGUGGGGAAGCUAGUGCCUAUGAUGGAAUUAGUCAAGUUUGCCACACUCUGGAGCUUUUUCCUGAUCUUAUGCAUUGGCGCUUCCAUAUCAGAUGUUGAUACAACCAGUCAAAAUGCUUUUUUAUGGUAUAGCUGUAGAAAUUUGCUGGAAUCUUAGUACACUGUGAUAUGGAUCAGUUAUGACUGAAUGAUAGAAUGGACAUAAGAAGUUGUAAGACCUUCUCCUCCUCCCACGACCAACUGGUCCCAGCAUCAGUGUCUGUUUUUUCUCUACAUUCAUCUCUCCAGUGCCCUAUCCAUGCUUCCCAGGUAUUGGGAUCCAAUUUUUCACUUCUGGUUUUCUGCCAGUCUGAGUAUCACAGCAAACAAUGACAAAAUCAUCAUAUACAUUUCAUCAGCUAAUCUUUUCAUGAAAAUAGGGCUCAUGGUUCAUUAUGAAAGUUUUUCACUCCUUUGAUGCAUUUGGGUGGUGUUGGCUAAGUUGGUACUUAUUGGCAAAAUUAAAUUUACUUGAACUGUGUGGCAUCCUCAGCCAUACUUUCUGGAUGUGUACUGGUAUUCUUCUUGUCUUGAUGUGAGUUUGUUGCCUAACAUACUCCAUAAGAUUGAAAAUUCACAGCAAAAAGUGAAGUAGCAUGAAGUAUUAGAGAGUGGCUGGCACUGAUGAUCAAAGUCACCUAGUGUUGAUCUUGUAACAGUUUUCUAACAACCCUAUUUACUUGCACAUGAAAUAUCCCUUUUUUAAAAAAACACUCAGAAAUACAAUUUCAAGUUUGGUUAUUGGUUCAUUCCAUAACUUACUGGUAGAUAGUCUUACUCUCUUAGCAAUGAAGCUAUCUGACAAACAGAAAAGCUAUUACACAUUAGAUUUAAGAUUGGGUUUCUCUACGUGCUAUUUUACUUCUCAAGUUUGCCAGGUUUUCUUUCCAUUUCCUCUGACUGUCACAUUCAGCCAUUAGGAGGUUUGUCUUCUGCCAGAUAGUUUGUUUUAUGUCAGACAAAAUCCUGGCAUUUUUUUCCCCUCGCUGAGGUGAGAAGCUUCUACCCACCUAACAAUUUGGCUUUGAACUGAUAACACUGAUCACACAUAGUUGGUGGACUCAAAGGUGUGAGCCAGAUAGAUCUGAAACACACCCUAUGCUAAUGUUCUCAUCAAAAACCACUUCGAGUAGGGUGUGAACUGAGCGCUGUCUUAACAUCCAGUUCUCAUGCAUGAAUCACUUCCAACGGGUUAUUGAUUGAGUCAACAAAAAACUCAAUGAGCUUUGCACAACAGUUUAAAGGGCACUGCUGGCAGAAAUUUAUAGCCGGCAAGACCAGAUUUCUCUUCAGCUUAUAACAGAAAAACGCAACUCACUGAAGCAGCAGUAAACAGGUUUGAUCUCCAAAGUUUCAAAAUAGAGAGAUGAUGAAUGUAGAGUAUGGUGCCUUCCUACAAAAGAUAGAAAAAUUAAAACCAACGAUAGCUAUUGACUUCUGUUUGAGUCCCCAAGCCGUUGACACACUAAGUGGCAGCUGAGAAAUUACCUCAAUGUGCAAUCCCCAAAUGCCUGCUCCCUCACUUAUUAAGAGAGAAUAUUGAGUCUAGGUUAGUACUGCAAGCAAUAAUAAUAAUUUUUGUGUUUUACUUUGUAUUUAUAAAAAUUGAAAAUACAAAAGAUAUUUUUCUAUGUAAUUACAUUAUCAAAGAGUAGGGCUAUCUCUCAAAAUGCAUGUCAAGAUAUCAACAAAAUCUGGGAAGUUGUUGCGAUAUCAACACUGAACACAUUUAAUGAUCACAGACUUCAAUCUUUCUAAAUUAGACCAAUUUUUGAAGUCGGCCCAGGAACAUGAGCUUGAAAUCAUCAACUAUGCUUGACAGUACUUGCAAAUAUUCACCAAGGGGCACAGAGGGAAAACAGUAUUAUUUACAUUGUUUAGUUACUGCCUUUACUUUUGGAGAGAAAGAAAGGAAAUUGAAGAGAAAAUAAUGUUCUGUAACUAUGUAAUGCAUUGAUUCUUAACAAAUUAAAUGUACAAAUAAACUAUUUUCACCUGGUUGUAUGUUUCAAGGUGUGAAUACUGUGAGGACAAAGUUUAAUGAGAGUCCAGGUCUAUUUCUAAGUUACUCUUUAGCAUUGAAUGCAUGGACAAACUGACCGGAGAAAACAUUUGUUUUCUGAUUAUUGUACAAUUCAAAUGGGAAGUUUAUGCUAGAUUUUAAAUUUUAAUGUGUAUUACUAUAUUGUGCAUAUUGAAGUCCACUCUUAUUUGAAUUUCAACAUUCAAUGGGAACAAACUAUAUGUUCUUGAGUGACCAAAAUAUACAAAAUGAUCUUGGAAUUUUUGCAACAGUCAUAAAUAAAAUGUAAUUGUUUUCCAAAAAUCUGCUAUCUUUCCUAUGAAAAUUUUGUUUUCUUUAAUUGUAAACAAAAUUGUACAGCAACUUAAUUGGUUUUUCUGUGCAAAUUUUUUGCCAUUUUUUCCAGCAUGUUAACUGUUCUGAAAUUAAAAAUAAAGUCAAAACUGCUUAAGCU